UAUGAAUUUCCCACGUUUGAAAUCUAAAAUAUUCGAAUUCCCAAUGCCCAAAAUUUUAAAUGAUCCAAUUCUAUUAACCUCCCUUCAAGGACCUUUCUCAAAUCUAUCUAACCCUAAUAACCGGCGAACACCCUGUACUCUUAGUCUUCUGUUUCGUGCACCGCCUCCACCAAUAACACAUCAAUUGAUUAGAACUCUCCAUUUCUUCUGGUCAUUUUAUUGUCGUCGCUCACCAACCAUCUCAAUCGCAUUCUCAAUUUCACAUUGCUGCUCUCUCUCUCUCUCUCUCAAAAAACAACGACGUCUUCUUCUUCAAAGCAAUCUCUCCAGCUUCCAUCGACAUUACUUGAUCCACCUCCGGCCAACACCUCCACUCCGCCAACACCGCCACUUCGAUAGCACCCUUUCGGUAACAAUAUUAGAUCGAGAAUCAUAUAACAAUAUUAGGCCAAGGGAAAUCGAGAUAAUGCAGAAAUUGAUAAUUUCCAGUCGAAGCCAUCAGGUUCCUUCACCGUGUCCGGUUGUUGAUCGUGUCGCUGUUACCAUAUGUCGUCGCCGUUAUCAGCGACCGUCUCUGUCCACCAGUGUACAUCGCACGCACCACAAGACACCGAUUAUCCCAUUUGUACGACGACGAUAUCGUCGAGCCUUCAACCACCGGUCAGAUUCAAGAUUGUGACCUUUGCCUCAAGACUUAUGCCACCGGCUUUUAUCUUUCCCUCUUUGAUGGUUUUGGGCAUGGUGGUGCUUAUUGCUGCUGUAAGCUUAGAUGUGCUCUCACUGCUGGACAAUUGGUGUUUGGGUACCAAAUAUUAUAUCACAUAAAGACCAUUAACUUCAAAACUAAAAGAAAAGGAAACCAACUUACAUAUUAUCUGAUUCCAUUCUCAAGAAGACAAAGAGCAAUACUAAUAAGAUGAAUGUCUAGUUACGUCUAGGUUUUGGUUUGUGA